AUGAUUUUUACGACCACUUGGGGCGUCGGUUGGGUUAAAGGUUCGGCACCGCUUACUGGUGUAAUACUGUGUUUGAUAUUGUCUGUUAUUAUUAUAUGUUCAAUGCAAUUCGUUCGAAGAGGUGGUCAUUUUCAAAUAUUCUAUUGGACGCAUUUGUUAUUUUUACCGUUUUACAUAGUACUUAUUAUUCAUGCAGCAAAAUUUUGGAAAUUUGUGAUUGGUCCAUUAGCUAUAUUAAUAUUUGAAAAAUUAUAUUCAUUAAUUACGCGGUAUUCAACAAAGAAAGGCUAUACUUAUUUAAAAUCUGUAACAGUUGAACAAUCGAAUGUCAUAUCGUUAGCUAUUCAUAGACCUCCAAAUUUUGAUUUUAAGCCUGGCGAUUGGGUAUUUAUUAAUAUACCGUCAAUAGCUUUAUAUGAAUGGCAUCCAUUUACUAUUAGUUCAGCACCAGAAGAAAAAGAUAUCAUUAAGUUUCAUAUCCAAGCUGUAGGAAACUGGACAAAACAAGUUUAUAAUCGUUAUACAAAUCUAGAGAAUCAGAAUGAAUACGGUGUUAUUGUGCAUAGAGCUACUUGUCCAGAAAUUCUUUCUGAUGCACAAUAUGCUAAUAUAGAAAUACCUCAAAUCAAUAUAAAUCCCCAAUCAAAAAAAAUAAAAGAAAGAAUUUGGCUAAAUGGACCAUUUACAUCAUGUGCGAGAUAUAUAUUCGAUUGUCAACACGUAGUAUUAAUCGGAGCGGGAAUCGGCAUUACUCCAUAUGCUUCAAUUCUAUCAAGCUUAAUGGCACAAUUUCGUGCAUCUCAAAUUGUUUGUAGACAUUGUAACAGAAGAUCAUAUAACGCAGAUAUUAACGAACGAACGUUAAAAAAGGUUGAUUUUAUUUGGGUUAAUCGAGAUGUGAAAUCAUUCGAAUGGUUUUUAAGUUUAUUGCGUGGUUUUGAAAAUGAACAAGCUGCAUUUUUACAGGAUUCUGAUUUAAAUGAAAAAUUUCUAGAUACUCAUUUAUAUUUCACGGCAAUGAAGAAUGAUGAAAGUAUCGGUUCGGCACCAUUCGAUUUAGUUUCAAAAAUAUAUCAAGAAGUAAAAGAUGUUGACAUAUUCACAAGUUUAAACGCAAAAACGCAUGUUGGUAGACCAAACUGGGAUGAUGUUUUCAGACAACUCUCUUCAAGUCAGCGUCAAAUAAGUGUCUUCUUCUGUGGACCAUCAUCAAUGGCUAAUAGUAUCAGAGAACAAUGUGCGCGUCAUAAGUUUCGAUUUUAUAAAGAAAAGUUUUGA